AUGACAUCCUCUGAUACGGAUUAUCCAUUGGAAUUGGAACGGGUAAGGCUGCAUUUUUAGGGAUUUGGGGGUGUAUGAUGUCUGGGGAAAAAUUUGGUUUCAUCGGUCAAAAAAUUUAUAGAAAGUAUAAGUUUUUGAUUUUUUGGCCAAAAAAUUCAUUGAAUGAUGAUUUUUUAUUAUUUUAUAAUAUUUUUUAUAAAUUGAACGAAAUGCAAAUAUUUUAUUGGAUUUCUGGCGAAGUGCCACAAAAAUGAUUGAUUUUUCUAAAAUUCAAUUUUUGGAUUAAAAGUUUAUAGAAAAUGCAAUUUUCAUUUACUUUUAUAAAAUUUUUUUCAAAUUGAACGAAAUUUAAAUAUUUUAUUGGUUUUUUGACGAAAUGUCACAAAAAUUAUUGAUUUUUCUAAAAUUUAAUUUUCGGAUUUAAAGUUUUUAGAAAAUGCAAUUUUCAUUUACUUUUAUAAAAGUUUUUUCAAAUUGAACGAAAUUUAAAUAUUUUAUUGGAUUUUUGACGAAGUGUCACAAAAAUUAUUGAUUUUUGGAAAAUGCUGUUUUUGGUUGAAAAUUUUAUAGAAAAAGGAAUCUUUUAAACUAAUUUGUUUUAUUUUUUAACUUUUUUUUGAAAUUUCGAAAUUUUUUAAAAAUUUUUAUAAAAUUUUAAAAUUCCAGGACCAACUACACGUGAUCGAAUGGAACCACCUGAAUCUCUACAAGUUUUACCCGAUGGCAUUGGCCACCUCGUGGACGGUCCGCUGCAUGUUGUAUCCAAUGUCCGUGGUCAAGUCUCGACUCCAGCUUCAGAAGCAGAACAACGUGUAUCGUGGCAUGACCCACGCCUUCAGCAGUAUCCUGAAGUCAGAAGGCCCCACCGCACUGUACCGCGGCUUCUGGGUGACGUUGCCUCAGCUGAGUGCCAGCUUCGUCUACUCAUCGGUCUACGAGAAGUUUCGACAUUUAAUUUCGGACCAUACCAACCUGAAAGCACCUCAGCUAAUAUCAGCAUGUGCUGGCGGUGCUGCCAGCAUUUGUACCCAAUUCGUCUUUGUACCAACGGAUAUUGUAGCACAGUACAUGAUGGUAUACCACAAUCCGAGUCAAUUCACCGGAGGCAAUCGAGGCAACGCCAAAGUCUAUGAUGUACUGAAGAAUGAUGGAUUGAAGAAGAGGUAUACGUUAGGUAAGGAAGGGGUAUGAAGGGCAUGGUAGGGGCUUUAAAAUGGCAUGAAGAAGGCUUUGGGCUUAGGCUUAGUAAGCUUAGGCUUAGUAGGUUUAGGCUUAGUAGGCUUAGGCUUAGUAGGCUUAGGCUUAGUAGGCUUAGACUUAGUAGGCUUAGGUUUAGUAGGCUUAAGCUUAUUAGGCUUAGGCUUAGUAUGCUUAGGCUUAGUAUGCUUAGGCUUAGUAGGCUUAGGCUUAGUAGGUUUCGGCUUAGUAGGCUUAGACUUAGUAGGCUUAGGCUUAGUUGGCUUAGGCUUAGUAGACGUAGGCUUCAGUCUUAAAUUACGUAAGCCUAAAAUGUUUACGUAAGCCUAAACCUCACCUUGCACAAGCUUAAGCCUAAACUUGCGUAAGUCUAAGCUUAAAAUGUGUGCGUAAGCCUAAAAUUACGUAAGGAUAAGCUUAAAACUGUGUAAGCCUAAACUUGGGCUAGGCUAUAGACUUGCUUUGCUUAGCUGAAGUCAUCGUAUAACUUCUCACUCGCAGCCUGCGAGCGUAAAGUUUUUAUCUUUUGAUCUAGAAAUGGCAAGAACUUUCUUUACAAAUCAAGAAACGGCAAUAACUUAUUUCCAAUUUCAGGCCUUCGCGUGAUCCGAGCCGUCUACGUGGCGGACGGCCUGAGGGGUUUCUACCGCGGCUUCCUCUCGUCUCUCUUAAUGUACAUUCCCUCGUCGAUGGUGUUCUGGCUGAUGUACUACGACUCACUCAUACGCAUGAAACAGUACUACACCCAGUUCGUCUCAAAUGGCACCAAACAACACUUCUCCGAGCUCCACAAAGACCAACAGAACCUGCUGUUGCUGCAGGCUGCGGCCGGGACUUUUGGCGGAAUUUCGACGGCGUUGGUAACGAACCCCCUGGAGGUGCUUAGGAUACGAAUUCAGGUAGGUGGGGGUGAUUUGGUGAGGAUUGAGGUAUUUGUAAUAGGGAUUCAGGGGUUAAUUUUUGAGAACUUUAAGGUAGGCAAGGGUGAUGUGGUGAGUGGCGAGGAUAUUUUUGAGGGUGGGGUAAAAUUUUUUAACGGGAGGGGGGAGGGUGAAAAACGUUUUACGGCCAAAUGAAAAAAAAAUUUAAGAGGCGGUGGGGGGGGUGGGGAAUGUUUUUAAGGGCGGGGGUAAAACUUUUUUUUAUUUGGGGAUGGGGGGGGUGAAGAAAAUUUCGGGUAGCUGGCCUAAACUGUCCUAUGCAACGUCCAAAAGGUCGAAUUCUGACGAAGUGGCUGGAAUCGGUGGCAGGGUCGCGCGGCCGGACCUAUUAUAGGAGGCGGAACGCGACCUGCGUUGCAUGGCGGGGCAGAAUGAAGGUUUUGGCAAAAUCAACCGGCUUUUAUAGGUUUCGCAUGCGUGAGAAAUUGAAAGUUCACAAAAAGUGAAAUUUGCAUAAAUUACAACUAAAAAGUGCACUUUUAAUUUUAUUUUCUAUUUACAACAACCACCCAACUGUUAACAUUAGCCCCCCCAACUGUUAACAUCAGCCCCCCCCAACUGUUAACAUCAGCCCCCCCCAACUGUUAACAUCAGCCCCCCCCCCAACUGUUAACAUCAACCCCCCCCAACUGUUAACAUCAGCCCCCCAACUGUUAACAUCAACCCCCCCCCCAACUGUUAACAUCAGCCCCCCAACUGUUAACAUCAGCCCCCCAACUGUUAACAUCAGCCCCCCAACUGUUAACAUCAACCCCCCCCAACUGUUAACAUCAACCCCCCAACUGUUAACAUCAGCCCCCCAACUGUUAACAUCAGCCCCCCCCAACUGUUAACAUCAGCCCCUCAACUGUUAACAUCAACCCCCCCCAACUGUUAACAUCAGCCCCCCAACUGUUAACAUCAGCCCCCCCCAACUGUUAACAUCAACCCCCCAACUGUUAACAUCAACCCCCCAACUGUUAACAUCAGCCCCCCCCCCAACUGUUAACAUCAACCCCCCAACUGUUAACAUCAGCCCCCCCCAACUGUUAACAUCAGCCCCCCCCAACUGUUAACAUCAGCCCCCCCCAACUGUUAACAUCAGCCCCCCAACUGUUAACAUCAGCCCCCCAACUGUUAACAUCAGCCCCCCAACUGUUAACAUCAGCCCCCCAACUGUUAACAUCAACCCCCCAACUGUUAACAUCAGCCCCCCCCAACUGUUAACAUCAGCCCCCAACUGUUAACAUCAACCCCCCCCCCAACUGUUAACAUCAGCCCCCCCCAACUGUUAACAUCAGCCCCCCAACUGUUAACAUCAGCCCCCCCCAACUGUUAACAUCAGCCCCCCAACUGUUAACAUCAGCCCCCCCCCCAACUGUUAACAUCAGCCCCCCCCAACUGUUAACAUCAGACCCCCCCAACUGUUAACAUCAACCCCCCAACUGUUAACAUCAAUCCCCCCCAACUGUUAACAUCAACCCCCCAACUGUUAACAUCAACCCCCCAACUGUUAACAUCAGCCCCCCCCAACUGUUAACAUCAACCCCCCCCCCAACUGUUAACAUCAGCCCCCCCCAACUGUUAACAUCAACCCCCCCCAACUGUUAACAUCAGCCCCCCAACUGUUAACAUCAGCCCCCCCCAACUGUUAACAUCAGCCCCCCCCAACUGUUAACAUCAACCCCCCAACUGUUAACAUCAGCCCCCCAACUGUUAACAUCAACCCCCCCCAACUGUUAACAUCAGCCCCCAACUGUUAACAUCAGCCCCCCCCAACUGUUAACAUCAGCCCCCCCCCCAACUGUUAACAUCAGCCCCCCAACUGUUAACAUCAGCCCCCCAACUGUUAACAUCAACCCCCCCCAACUGUUAACAUCAGCCCCCCCCCCAACUGUUAACAUCAGCCCCCCCCCCAACUGUUAACAUCAGCCCCUCAACUGUUAACAUCAACCCCCCAACUGUUAACAUCAGCCCCCCCCAACUGUUAACAUCAACGCCCCCCAACUGUUAACAUCACCCCAACUGUUAACAUCAGCCCCCCAACUGUUAACAUCAGCCCCCCAACUGUUAACAUCAACCCCCCAACUGUUAACAUCAGCCCCCCCCAACUGUUAACAUCAGUCCGCCCCCCAACUGUUAACAUCAACCCCCCAACUGUUAACAUCAACCCCCCCCAACUGUUAACAUCAACCCCCCCCAACUGUUAACAUCAGCCCCCCCCCCAACUGUUAACAUCAACCCCCCCCAACUGUUAACAUCAGCCCCCCCCAACUGUUAACAUCAGCCCCCCAACUGUUAACAUCAGCCCCCCCCAACUGUUAACAUCAGCCCCCCCCAACUGUUAACAUCAGCCCCCCAACUGUUAACAUCAGCCCCCCCCAACUGUUAACAUCAGCCCCCCCCAACUGUUAACAUCAACCCCCCCCCCAACUGUUAACAUCAGCCCCCCCCAACUGUUAACAUCAGCCCCCCCCAACUGUUAACAUCAAGCCCCCCCAACUGUUAACAUCAGCCCCCCCCCCAACUGUUAACAUCAGCAACUGUUAACAUCAGCCCCCCCCCCAACUGUUAACAUCAGCCCCCCCCAACUGUUAACAUCAGUCCCCCCCAACUGUUAACAUCAGCCCCCCCCAACUGUUAACAUCAGCCCCCCCCCCAACUGUUAACAUCAACCCCCCCCCCAACUGUUAACAUCAACCCCCCCCAACUGUUAACAUCAACCCCCCAACUGUUAACAUCAACCCCCCCCAACUGUUAACAUCAGCCCCCCCCCCAACUGUUAACAUCAACCCCCCCCAACUGUUAACAUCAGCCCCCCCCCCAACUGUUAACAUCAACCCCCCCCAACUGUUAACAUCAGCCCCCCAACUGUUAACAUCAGCCCCCCAACUGUUAACAUCAGCCCCCCCCCCAACUGUUAACAUCAACCCCCCAACUGUUAACAUCAGCCCCCCCCAACUGUUAACAUCAGCCCCCCAACUGUUAACAUCAACCCCCCCCAACUGUUAACAUCAACCCCCCCCAACUGUUAACAUCAACCCCCCAACUGUUAACAUCAACCCCCCCAACUGUUAACAUCAGCCCCCCAACUGUUAACAUCAACCCCCCCCCCAACUGUUAACAUCAGCCCCCCCCAACUGUUAACAUCAACCCCCCAACUGUUAACAUCAGCCCCCCAACUGUUAACAUCAGUCCCCCCCCCAACUGUUAACAUCAGCCCCCCAACUGUUAACAUCAACCCCCCAACUGUUAACAUCAGCCCCCCAACUGUUAACAUCAACCCCCCAACUGUUAACAUCAGCCCCCCAACUGUUAACAUCAGCCCCCCAACUGUUAACAUCAGCCCCCCAACUGUUAACAUCAGCCCCCCCCAACUGUUAACAUCAGCCCCCCAACUGUUAACAUCAACCUCCCAACUGUUAACAUCAGCCCCCCCCAACUGUUAACAUCAGCCCCCAACUGUUAACAUCAGCCCCUCAACUGUUAACAUCAACCCCCCAACUGUUAACAUCAGCCCCCCAACUGUUAACAUCAACCCCCCAACUGUUAACAUCACCCCCCCCCCAACUGUUAACAUCAGCCCCCCAACUGUUAACAUCAGCCCCCCCCAACUGUUAACAUCAACCCCCCAACUGUUAACAUCAGCCCCCCCCAACUGUUAACAUCAACCCCCCAACUGUUAACAUCAGCCCCCCCCAACUGUUAACAUCAGCCCCCCCCAACUGUUAACAUCAGCCCCCCCCCCAACUGUUAACAUCAGCCCCCCCAACUGUUAACAUCAGCCCCCCAACUGUUAACAUCAACCCCCCCAACUGUUAACAUCAGCCCCCCCCAACUGUUAACAUCAGCCCCCCAACUGUUAACAUCAACCUCCCAACUGUUAACAUCAGCCCCCCCAACUGUUAACAUCAACCCCCCAAAUGUUAACAUUAGCCCCCAACUGUUAACAUCACUCCCCCCCCAACUGUUAACAUCAGCCCUCAAAAUAAAAACAACCCGGCAGUAACAACUUCAAAACACAAAAUAAUUUAUUUUCAUUUUUUAUUAUGGGGGGCUAAAGUAUCUAUAAUGGUUGGGGGGCUAUACUUCACAAAGCGGGGGGCUGAUCUACAUAAGUGCCGAACUUUCUUUACAAAACGAAAAUUGGCAAGAACUUUCUUUACAAAACGAAAAUUGGCAAGAACUUUCUUUACAAAACGAAAAUUGGCAAGAACUUUCUUUACAAAACGAAAAAUAGCAAGAACUUUCUUUACAACACAAAAAAUGACAAGAACUUUCUUUCCAGACUUUAAAAUAAAAAAUUGACAAAAUGUCAUUUUAGGUGCAUCGUACCAACUACUGGGACACGAUUCGCCGCAUGUACAAGUACGAGGGUGUGCACGUGUUCACGAAAGGCCUAGCCCCUCGACUGGUCAACAACUCGAUCUACUCGUGCUUGAUUAUGCUGGGGUACGAAACCGUGAAACGACACUGCGUACUGCCCGAGUACGCGGACAGUAUCGUGUGGUGA